AUGGCCACGGAUAGGUCACCUCCCCAGCAAAAGCUGUCGCACAACCACGUGAAGCCCAGCUUGUCUCCCUCCAGCACAGCCGCCGCGGGUCAACGUCGCAUGCCCACCCCUGGCCAGUCGUCGCGGAUGGGUUCGGCCGAUUCAUCCACGACUCAGGAGGCCCCCUCCACCACCGUAAAUGAACCAACGUCCCAACCUAUGACGGUCAGCGCCACGCCUUCAGAGGCAGCGGCUACCGAGCCGCCGAGUUCCUCCACCACGCCGGCGCCCUAUGGCACCCGGUCGAGAGGUCGGAACGCGGCCCCCCGCCCCAACUACGCGGAAGAUCGCGACAUCGACAUGGACCUGGAGGUGGCUCAACCCUCCUCCAAAUCCGCGAAGCGCACUGCUUCCGGGACGGCGGCGAACGCCCCCGUCAACGGCUCCAAACCGGAGGGCGAAAAAGCAACGCCGUCCUCCAAUUCCCGAAAAAGCCUACCGGCGGUGAACGGGGCCACUUCAUCCCCCACCGCUAAAGAUUCCAUCCCUGGGACUUCUUCAUUUUCCGCCAAAGGGGAAGAGGGCAGCACCUCGUCGAAUUCGCGAAAACGCAAACAGCCCGCCAGCUCCACCCCCUCAGCCUCUGCAAAUGGGAGCGUCGCGAAAAAGAUUUUCACCACGGCCCCCAGCGCGCCCCCCGCACAGAGCGACUCGAAUAUGCUCUCCUUUGAGAAGGGCGGUGCGCGUUUAAAAAACGGCAUGAUAACGGCGGAUGAUGGCACCACGUUUGCCCUGAAUGACCACGUAUACCUCAUCUGUGAGCCGCCUGGCGAGCCAUAUUACUUGGCGCGGAUCAUGGAGUUUCUGCCCUCCAAGGACCGCCCCUCGGGCCCGAUCGAGGCGUUGCGUGUCAACUGGUACUAUCGGCCACGUGACAUCCAACGCAAGGUGGCCGACACGCGGUUGGUCUUCGCCUCCAUGCAUUCCGACACAUGCCCUCUGUCGUCACUCCGUGGGAAAUGUCAAAUAUCGCACCUCUCCGAGAUCGGAGACCUCGAAGAGUACCGCAAGACCCGGGAUAGCUUCUGGUUCGACAAGAUGUUUGAUCGAUACAUCCACCGCUACUACGAUGUCAUUCCGACGAAGAAAGUAAUCAACGUCCCCGGCAAUGUCAAGAAGGUUCUCGAUGAGCGAUGGAAAUUCGUCCUGGUGGAAAUUGGGAGACGCAAGGAGUUGACGAGUGCGGUGAAGACUUGCAAGCGCUGUAGCUUGUAUGCGGCCAGCACCGAUUCCGUGGACUGCGCGGUGUGCCAUGAUACGUACCACAUGUACUGCGUGCGACCCGUGCUAACGAAGAAGCCCGCCCGAGGGUUUGCUUGGGCCUGCGCGGCAUGCAGCCGGGCCCAGGAGCGCAAGCUGGAGGCCCGAAAUACUCCGAUUCUCGGGGAAAGUCAGCCGCCAGAGCCCGAAGAAGAGGUCGUUGAAGAAGAGGAGGAGGAUCCAAAAGCGGCGGUCAACGGCACGGCUGCCAGCACUCCGGUCCCGGUCCAGGAAGAGGCUGUUCACCCCGCUACCGAGGAGCAGACUGCCCAGGCCCGGAUGUGGCCGUAUCGCUACCUGGGCAUCCACUGCCGAGUCGAGGAUGCGCUGGAUUACGAUGACCGGAUCUAUCCGCGCGCCAGCUCCCGGUUGGGGCCUCGGCACCAGGCGGUCGUUGUCCCUUGGCACGGUCGCCCGGUGGAGUACGUCAAGCCGCUCGAUAUCAAGAAGAAAUAUAUGCGAAGCUCCGGAAACCGCAAGGAUUCCAGGCUGUCCAAGGAGGCUCUUGCGGCGAUUGAAGCGGCCAAGAAGGAAAAGGCAAAUCGGCCGAACUGGGUCAUGGAUGAACCCCCCGGUUUCAUUCGACGAGGCGAGGACGAGCCUGUCCUCAUCAACGGCAAGCCCACUCGCACCGCUGAGCUAUUGUUCAAGAUGCCCACGGCAUCCCAGAUCCCGUCCCGCGGGGAGGACGAUGCGCCGGGUGCGGAUCUCAGCCCGGAGGACCGAGAAAAGUUCAUGGACGAGUACAUGACACGGGCCAAGGCACUGGCACCGAGCUUGGGGGUGGAGGAUUACUCCACCAACUUCUUGGAUAAAGCUCUGGAACUUCUCUACUCCAACAGCUUCAACGCCGACGCCGCCCUCGCGAAGCUCAAGCAGGUCCACAAGCACAAAGAUCUCAAAGAACCCUAUUUGCGUCCCGAGGAGGUGAAAGCGUUUGAACAGGGCGUUGCGAAGUACGGGUCGGAACUGCGGUAUGUGUCUAGACACGUCGGAACGGUGCCCCAUUAUCAGAUCGUGCGAUUCUAUUACAUGUGGAAGAAGUCGCCCCGCGGGCGACAAAUAUGGGGCAACUACGAAGGACGGCGAGGCAAGAAGGAAGCCCGGCGGCACAGCUCCGCGAAGCUUGUGGAUGACGUGGCCGACGAUAACGACGACUCCGCAUACGACAACGACAAAGCCGCCGCGAUUAAGCGUGGGUUCCAGUGCAAAUUCUGUUCCACGCGGUCGUCGCGGCAGUGGAGACGUGCCCCCGGGAUACCGCCCGGUACGACGACACCGAGCGAACCCUCAUCAAAGAAGGACAAAGGGCCACCUCUCAAUGUCGCCCUUUGCUUGCGCUGUGCGUUGCUGUGGCGGAAAUAUGGGAUUCAGUGGGAAAGCGUGGACGAGGUGGCCAAGAAGAUCGCGCAGAGCGGUAACAAAUCAUGGCGUCGGCGCGUCGACGAGGAGCUUUUGACGCAGCUUCUCGUUUCCACCGAGACCCCGAUCAGCAUCAACAGUGCCACGGCCGCAACCGCCGCAUCAAUCGGAGUUCCGGUGAACGUGAACCCUCAAGUGCAACAGCAACAGCAGCAGCAACAGCCACAGCAGCAGGAACCUAAUAAGAAAAAGCGAAGUGCUCCUGAGAAAGACAGUGCAGCAACCUCGACGGCCACGUCGGUGGAACCGGCGCCGAAGAAGAAGCCCCCGCCAGAGAAGCCCUCCGGGCCUCCACCGCCGAUUGUUCCGGAUCCCCCCCGGGCCAAGACACUGCCCUGUGCCAUCUGCAACCAGAUGGAGCCCUUGGGGGAUCAGCACCUGUCUUGCCGGGACUGUCGCCUGACCGUCCACCGGAGCUGCUACGGUGUGAGCCCGGAGAGGAACUGUGCCAAGUGGCUGUGCGACAUGUGCUCCAACGAUCGAAACCCGAUGAUCUCGACUUGCUACGAAUGCGUUCUAUGUCCGGUCGCCUGGACUGAGCACGAGCUGAUGGAAGCCCCGAAGUCCACGCACCGCAAGAAGUCGGAACGAGACCGCGAGAAGGAGCGUCUAGAGAAGGAGAUGGUCAACGAGGCCAUCAAACUCUACCGUCAGCGGCAGGAGGCCGUGGGAAAGCCGAUCGGUCCCCGAGAACCGCUGAAAAGGACCGCUGGGAAUAACUGGGUCCAUGUUAUGUGUGCGGUUUGGACGCCAGAGAUCAAGUUUGGCAACUCGAAAGAACUAGAGCCUGCUGAAGGGUUUGCUCAAAUCCCCAUGGACCGAUUCCGUGAGACGUGCAAGAUCUGCAAGUCCAACAAAGGUGCAUGCGUGCCGUGCCAUUUCAGCGGAUGCAACGCUCGAUUCCAUGUGGGCUGUGCGUAUCAAGCGCAAUACCCAUUCGGGUUUGACAUCACCCCGGUCAAAAAUUCGAGAAAAGAUACCGUCCAAAGCGUGCGGCUCGGGGAGGAGACAGGCGUGGCCGCGGCGGGUAUCUGGUGUCCCCACCACUCGGUCUCGUCGCGCGUCCAUGCCAUCGGUGAACCGACCGAGGAGAAGGGCACCAACGCCCUCAAGCGGUUUGCGGAAACCUACAAGCAAGCGGACACGUCCCUAAGUCGAGCCACCCGGCGAGCGGUGCAUUCACACCAAAAUGCGUCGUCUUCCGGACACAAGCGGACUUCCACCGUCAAUGGCACCGCCACGCUAGCUACGACCACGAGAGAUGAUGUCAAGAAUGCGAGAACAUCCCCCGAUGGUGCUCCGGAUCCGAUGAUGAUCGAUACCGAGAGUCAGACCGCGCUUCCCACCCCCGGCGCGGACGUGACCAGGAAGUGUGCUCGCUGUACCACCGCCUACAGCCCCCGAUGGUGGCCCAUCGAGAACUCGCGGCGGGCCGGAAUGCUUGAUCACAGAGCGCCUCUGCUGAACGGGAUCGGCGGAAGCCCACCGUACCUCCAUCGCAACCCUUCGCAGCAUCCCCUCGCCAAGCUGAACGGGGAUUACAGCCCCGCCGAUGCACUGGGACAGCCCAUGUACGAAUGUCACAAAUGCCAUCUCAAAAAGGUCACGGCGCCGCCCCAGCCAUCUCCGGAACCUCGACCGUCUCCCUACUCGGCCCCGCGACCGGUCUUGCCCGCUCCUCGACUUCCUGAAUAUCCCAGCCAUCCGUUCGGUUCCCAUGCCCACCCCCCGCAAACUCUCCCGCAACCGAUUGGCCCAUCUCACGGUAGACCGGAGUGGUACCCCGGAUACGAGCAACGGCCGAGUGACUUCGGAGACAACAAAUUGCGCAAUGGCAUGCCGGCUCCUGGUUACCGUGGUGGUGUCCCACCAGCGCCAGCGCACCAUCUCAAUGGAUAUCAGCCGAGCCCUCCCCGCCAUGCUUCUCUGCCACAUUUCUCCACCGCGGCACAUCCACCACCUCCACACCAAGCUUAUGCCACGCAUCAAAGCCCCUACGGGCCGGUGGCUAUGCCGUCGCCCCGCAUCUCCCAUUCGGCGGGGCCUCGACCGUAUCCGCCGUCAGCGUCUCCACCGGAUGUGCAGGCAACAAUGGUGCGGCACUCCCCUCAGCACUCGCUCAGUGCUUUGAACGGUGGACCGCCGCGUGUUUAUUCCGUGGACCGGGUUCUCAACGCGCCGACGCGGUCUCCACCGGUCUCGCAAGCGCGCAUCGACCCCCGAGGGAUGACGCCCCCUACCAAACUAGAGGAUGGCGGCCCGGCAGGCCCGAUGAGUAUUGGUCGGCAUCCUGGCACCACUGCGCCCAGUGGGGGAUCCGGGGCCAGUGCUAGUCCAUCGUUGAAAAACCUUCUUUCGUGA